AAAAGUAGUUCUUGGCAAUAGCGAAUAGUGUUCUUACGUUGAUAAAUUUAAUUUUUUGUGAACGAAUCACUCUGUUCAAACUCGGAAUAUUUCACCAACUUAUUACUUCACACAGCAUUGCUGACAAUGGCGUGAUCAAGCGUGAUAUCCUGUUGUCAUUUUAAAAUCGUAACGGCCUUUAUUGCAAGUGGAAAACAGUUUUUGCUUUACAAAUAAAAGUUUUAUACUGUUUUUUUGGCAUGUGUAGAAAGUAAUAUCUCCUAUGGGAGUUUCGCGCAAAAUAAAUGACACAUAGUAUAUUGUAAUCCAUGCUUUUUGUGGACAAUACCCAUACUUGCUAUGGCUUUGGAAGCAUCAAUCGUGGAGCGUCUUCAGGAGCUCAGAAAAUGGCAAAUUGAGCAACAAGGGCGACUGUUGAAGCAACAAGAAGAACAAAGAGAAUUAUUAAGUAGAGAACAAGACCGCAUGUAUCAAGCACUUGGUUUAACUAUACCAAAUGAAAGCUUAGAUGAAAAUAUAAUGAAACAAUUAAUUGCUCAAAGUAAAGGGGAAUGUAGUCUGGAUUUAUCACAGGAAGAUACUGAAGCAUCUACAAACUAUAAAGACAGUUUAAAUGAAGACCCAAAACAAACAGGAAAUAAACAUUGUGCCAUAUCAGAAUCAAGUAAUAAGGAGCAUUUAAACAAUGAUGAUUAUAAUGAUUCUGAUCUACUCAGUAUAUCUCAAGUGAUUUUAAGUAAAGAAGAACCUUGUCAUACAUUCACAACCAAUAGUAUUAAUAAGAAUAGAUCAAGUGAGGCAUUCGACAUUGUAACAAACAAAAAUUUAGAAACUCAGGUUAGUAUUAAACUCUCAAACCAGUCAUCUGAUGACAAGGUUGAGAUGCACCUAAACAUGCCGAAUAUACACUUGUCUACUUCUCGCAAUGUUCUUGGGAGACAUCCCUCUGACGAAUCAAAUGCCAGUGUAAAUAAGCUUAAGCAUGAAUGUUUCUCAAAUUUGGAUUUGACUCCGCAAAAACAACGUGGACCAAUUUCUAAAUUGACCAUGGAAGGAAUAGAGCCACUUCCAUCAGAAGCAGUAACAAAUAAACACAUAACUAUAGAUGAUAUUCCUGUACCAUCACCAAAGAAAGAUUUUCAUACUUUGUUAGAAGAACGUUUAAGGGACUCCGAAGCUUUGAUGCAGAAUAAUAAUGACACAAAGAAACUAAUAAAACGCCCAUUUUUAAAAAAGGGAGAAGGUUUAGCACGAUUUCGAGUUAAUUCUUUUUCUGGAAAUACAGCACAACUUACGAGACGGCGAAGCGCAUCUUUAUCAGCUAACUUGAAGCUCAACAAUGAUCAUACUAGUAAAAACGUUAUUGAUAAACCCAAAGAUGUACCAAAAAUCGUCCUCAAGAAAAAUACAGCAUCAAAAAAAAACAUUCCUUCUGUCGCUCAACAAAGAUUAAGUUUAAAAAACGUACCUUUACCAAGAAACAAAGUUCGGAGCAAAUCCAUGAGUAGAUUUCCAACUAUCAUUAAUGAUAAGAACAACGUAAAGCCACCUAUUGAUUUAAAAAACUCUGAUGUUGAAGCCAAAACGAAGAGGGAUUUAGAGGAAGGUAGAAUAUUUGAACUUCUUGAAGAGAAAGCAGAGCAUUCGAGUUUUUGCUCUACAUCCAGUACAGUUGUUGCAUUGCUGCAGCAGUCAGUUCAAACUACACCAUUAAAAUCUAUGCAGACAUUAAACAAUGGUUUAACCAGCAUUCAAACACAUAAAGCUAAUGUAAAUAUCAGGAAGGACAUACAGGAAGAGGAUUUGUUAUUACAGGAAAUAGUUUGCUCCACAGAAUCCAAUAAAGUCAAAAGUAAUACCAAUAUACAUAAGAAAUCUGAUUUUACUAAAGACAUAGUACUUCCAAAGUGGGAAUCCAUACCGUUUAUCAAUGAACAAGUAAAUCAGUACCACGCAAGCAUGUACAACUCUUCACAGCUAAAUGCUGCCAGGAAUCAACAGUUUGGAUAUACAACAGCUGCUCAAGUAUCUCAAAAGUUUAGCUCCCAAAGUGUUCAGUAUAUAGAAAAGAAUCUUCUAAAUAACAGCAUAAAUGAGGAUGAGAAGCUCUGUGAACUGCCAUACGGAAUGGACAUCGAUGCAGCUUACGAUGCUGAUUAUUCCAAAGGUUUUGAUGACUGUGAAGCUUCUAAUCAAGGUUAUGAUGGGAACAUUGGUAAUGAGGAAAGGAAUGUUAGUCUUCAUGUUAGAUUUUCUGAAUUUAAUGACUAUAAAAUGAUUGGCUUGACUGAUACAUCAAGUAUAUCCGGUGAUUCGCAGGUACACAAAAAUUACUCGGACGAAAGAGCCUGGAGCGAUUGUUCAGCACCUAGCGACUCUUCCGAUGCUGAAGCUUCAUUAAUAAAGACUCAAAAAUCUCCUGUAGAGAACACUGAAGAACUGGUGAUGUCAAAGCCAAAUAAGGAUUAUGAUCAUGACGAUUUCAGCGACAGGUCCUCCAUGAAAAGCUUACCGGACAUUGAUGACAAUGACUCAGGGAAUCAGAAGAUAAUUGGUAAUCACGAAGGCCCUUCUGCGGAUCCUAUGUCCGAUGAAGAGUAUUGUCAAUAUGAAGACUGUAAAGAACUAUCAGACGACGAAGAGCCUGAUGUCCAUACUCAUAUGAAUUAUGAUCUUAAAGAUAGAAAAUGUGAGACCAAGAAGGACAUCUCAUCAAAAAUAAAUUCAAUUAUGAACAACAAUCAGAAUCAGCUGAUUGACGUGAGGACUGAAGAUACUAACGGAACAAUAUUUAAGUCUGAAUUAUUAAAGAGUCGUUUGUUAGAGCUAGAACAAGAAAUUGAUAUAUUUAGAAAAGAGAAUGCAGCCCUAACAAUACAGAGACAAAAACUUCAGGACGAACAAAAGAAGUUGCAGCAACAGUACAAAGAGAAAGAAGCAGUAUUUGAGGAGAACAGGGUAAGGGUAGAGAACAGUUUGCAAGAGGAAAAGAAAAGACUAACGAGGGAAAAAAUGGCUUUGGAAAAUAGACUAAAAGACGCACAACAAAAGGCACAGAAAAACAAACAAGAGAGGCAAGAGGUGCACAUGCUGCGUGAACAGCUUGAAGAGUUGAGAGAAGAUAUUAUUCAAAAAGAGAGUCGGUGGAAUGCGGCCCAAGCCAGACAUAAAAGUCAAGUAAGAAUAUUACACGCUGAGAAUGCAAAAUUAAAGCAAGAGCUAGAAAAACUUCAAAACGCCAAAAAGAACAACAUCAAAUUUAGAAAGCUCAAUCCUCCUACAAACACCAGAGCUAUACAUCAGAUUAAUAAACAAUUGGAUGAUCGCAAAAAGCCACAAACGAAGCAGGAUUCUUCAGAAGAUGAAGACCAAUUAAUUCGACCUAUGAUGGAAUCUAUCUUUGGCAAAGGGGAUAGUCAUGAAGCAGAAAAUUCUGCGAAUCAUGAAUCAGGCAAGAAUAUUGACGGUAGUAAACUGAUAAUAUAUGAAGCUGCACAGAAACCAGUGAAGAGUUAUGAGAGUAUCGCUAAGAAGCGUAUAAUGUAUGAACAUUUACUUAAAGACGCAACGAUCGGCAUUGCUGAACAUCAGGAUGCAAUUAAAAAGGCAACUGAAGAGUUUGAAAGAUUGAAGAAUGAAUCUCAAAAUUCUCGAAUUGAGGAUACUGAUGACGCAAUGGAUAAUAUUAUUUCCAAUCAUGUUCCUUUAGAAUUGGAGCAAUCUCAUAUGAACGAUGCAGUUGAUAGUGAUGUCAAGAGAAAUUCUAUGAAAGACGCUGACAUGCAAAAAGGAGAAGUAUCAUGCAGUAGAACUUCUAUCAGGAACAGGAAAAGCAAUGAAACUUCUCCAAACAAAGAUAAAAUGACUAAACAGGGUAUCAAAGAAGUUCGCCAUCCAGAUGGUCGACUAGAAUAUUGGUAUCCAAAUGGCAAUGUCAAGAAACUUUCAGCUGAUCGCAAUAUCAUCAAAAUGAUAUAUUAUAACGGUGAUGUACGUGAGAGCAACCGUGAUGGAGGUGUUAAAUAUUUUUAUGCCUCAACAAGAACAUGGCAUACGACAAUGCCGGAUGGUUUGGAGAUUCUUGAAUUUCCUGAUGGUCAAGUAGAAAGACGUUCAAAAAAUGGUACAGUGGAAGUAUCCUUUCCCGAUGGUUCUGUAAGAAUUUUGCAGUCCGAUGGUUCAGAAAGAUGGGCAUUGCCUGAUGGUACUAUAGCUGAAACUUUCACAAAUGGUGAAAAGAUACUUACCUUACCCAAUGGACAACGAGAAGUGCAUACCAAAGACCACAAACGACGAGAGUACCCUGAUGGUACAGUUAAAUUAGUUUAUCCAGAUGGUUCUCAGGAGACCCGUUAUGCUAGUGGAAGAGUGCGACUCAAGGAUAAGGAUGGCAAUCUUAUAAUGGAUUCACAACAGCAAUAAGUUAAACAACAGGAAGAAGGUUUGGAAACUUUUUGACAUUCCUGUUUUUUCUAUACUAUUUGAAAGCAAGAAGUUCCAGUAUAUUAACUUUCAAUGGUUAUGUACAAUGUUAUUUCUACCUGUCGUUUUAUUGUACAAAUAUUUUUAAGUGUUAUACCAACGAUUCAAUGCUGCGAACUAUUUUGCAGGAUAGAGAACAGAUUCUGUAUUUUUUUUUAAGGGGCUAAAUAAAGCUUAUAUCUUUUACUGGA